AUGUCCGGCCCUACAGAACACCCGAAACAGAUAUACGUGUCCGUACCUCCAGAAUGCCCGAAACAGAGAUACAUGUCCAGCACUCCAGAACAUCCGAAACAGGUAUACGUAUCUGGCCCUCCAAAAUGCCCAAAACAGAGAUACGUGUCCGGCCUUCCAAAACACCCAAACCAGAGAUACGUGUCCGGCCCUCCAAAACGCUCAAAACAGAGUUACGUGUCCGGCCCCCCAGAAUGCACGAAACAGAUAUACGUGUUUGGCCAUCCAGAAUGUCUGAAACAGAGAUUCAAGUCCGGCCCUCCAGAAUGCCCGAAACAGAGAUACGUGUCCGGCCCUCCAGAAUGCCCGAUACAGAGAUAUGUGUACGGGCCUCCAGAACGUCUGAAACGGAGAUACGUGUCUGGCCCUCCGGAACACCCGAAACAGAUAUACGUGUCCGGCUCUCCAGAACGCCUGCAACAGAGAUACGUGUCCGGCUCUCCAGAACGCCCAAGACAGAUAUACGUGUCCAGUCGAUGA